UACAGUACAAAGUAAAGACCCCAUCAGACAAACAACUAUCGAGUCAUCGAAUGCAUGAAGAGUAACGAUGCAAUGCGACAAUUGCAUAAUGUGCCAAUCCUUGUGGAUUUUCUCCGCAUUUCUGGCCCGCAUUCCAACUUCUCCUUCCCCGUGUCACUCUUCGUCACGCCAAGUGCUUUCCCACCAUGUCUCUUCUCUUUUCCUCUUCUUCUUCUUUUUCUCUUCAUCUUGUUGACCUUCAUAUUCGUUUUCAUCCAAAUUACUUUUGGCGGUGCUCUGAAUAUCUAGACCUGUCAUGACGCGCUCUGCGGCCCUCAUCGUCGCUCUAGCAGCCGUUCUGGGCGUUGCAAGUGCUUCACCCCGCGAGGAACAGUCGAUUCUGCGUCGAUCUUGUCCCGAUUACCUCUCUUACUCCUCUGUCGGACAUCCCCCG